AUGCAGGCAGCACUUGCCUCCUGCCCGUUGGUAGCAGCCCUUCAGAAGGCCAAGAGCUCGUCUGCCCGCAGGGGCAAUCUCGUUCAGGAGGACAAAGGUGGUCACGUGGGCCUCGAAGUGGAGGACGCGCUGUCCAGCGGUGCGGAGGAGGAUACGCACAUGGUGAGCGACGGCAGUGACGACGAGGACGAUGAUGCGGCGGGCAGCGCCUUCGACUCCACGUUUGGAAACGCUGCUGCCAUGCUUGGGGGCAGCGGCAGCAAGGGACCGCGUGGCAAAGGCAAUGGCAAGUUGUCUGGCAAUCCUGGAUCUGCUCCCAGACACAGCGUUGGCGGAAUCAAGAAGCCGCCAGGUCCGCUGAUGAGCUUGGCCACCAGCGGCCUCAGCGGGUUCCCACCGAAAACAUCGGCUCUGAGCCCGCACUCGGCUUCGUUUCCCGGGGGAGGAGGCAGCAAAGCGCCUGCUGCGACGAAGGAUGCAAAGGGGAAAGCUCCGUCCGUGGAGGACGAGGCAAAGCCGCCGAAGGAACACAAGGAUGUCACGAAGGCGCGCAAGUCCCUGGAGAAGGUGCUCACUGCCGAUCAAUUGUGGAACGGCCGAGUGCGCGAGAGGCAAGUCUCCAGCAUCGUUGCCGCUUGUGGAGCAAGCGCCAGCAAACUCCACUCUAUGGGCCACGCCCAGCUCGCGGAGGAGAUCAACUCAGCUGCCUCAACCAUGGAGACUUGCUACCAUCUGUUCACGAAGAUCAAGAGCAAGCCUGCGCAAGCCGUUGAGGGGCUCGACGUCGUGGACCUCGAGUUGCUGACGACUUUGGAGAUGGGCCUGGUGUACAACAUUUUGAGCUUCGUUGCGCAGGAGCUCUUGAAGGGGAUGGACAAGGACGAGGAUGCCAGGCGAACAAACCUCACGCUGUUGUUCAAGCUGUGCGGCAGCGAUGGCCUGAACGAGGACUGCGAGACUUCGACCCUGACCCCGGUAUGUCUCACAGCUCAGGUUCUUCUCAGCCCAACCGAUGCGACGCGCAGCGCUGCAGCGACACUGCAGCAUCAAUUGCUUAUGAUGCUCUUGGAGAAGCUCAUGAGGCAGAAGAAUGGCAACGAGCGUCUCAACGACGUGAUGACCAUGAGCCCGGUGCCCCAUAUCGAUCUGAGCUGCAGCAUCACAAGCGUUCCACGGCUGUCAACGAACGGCUGGAGUGAGAUGGUCAUGUUUGACAUGACAUUCAUGGCUACCUUGUGCAAGUCGUGGGAGCCCGUCACGCCCAAGGCAGCCAUGGAGGCCGCGACGGCCUUCGCAGCCCGAGGCCGGGUUUCUGGCCGGUUAUCAGCUUUGGUCAAGAGUACACCAUUGGGCAAGUCUCUCAUGGCGAAGCUGAAGACCGCAGCCGACGCUGCAGCUGAUCCAGAUGCCCUCCGGCGUGAUGCUGACCAGACAACCGCGGAGGCCAAGAAGUUACAUGCGGAACUCCUCGCGCAGGAGCAAGGUGCAAUCUCUUUGAAGCAGCUUCUGCACCAGCAUGGGCCUGUCUGUAAGAGGUCGAGCGAGCUGCUGAGCAUGGCAGACAAGCUGCCAGGGGCUGUUCCGAAUGUCGCGGAAGUGACCGGCGUGAUUCAGCAGAUCACGAGUGUCAUCAACCGCGAUGGAUGUGUUUUCCUUGCCGAUUUUACGCAGAGCUUGGCUGACAUUUGGUCCAAGCCCUUGCCGGAUGACCUCACAAGCAGCCUGGAGCACUUGUGCUUUGCCCUCGAGCUUGCCAGUACGCAGAAGGCCAUGCCCCCGGUAGCAGACACGGAGCUGAAGGCCCUGGAUGCUAUUCUCAAAGAAGUCCUUGCUGUGCACGCUCCGGUGAGAGCGGCUGAGCAAAGCUCAGAGCUGGACAUCGACACAUUCGAGAAAGCUGUGAAGGGCAUCCACCGGCUCACCACCAUCGCAGCCUUGCAGGUGCUGGAGGAGCAUAGCGUCAUCAUCGAAGACAGCGCAGGCGAAGGGCAGAAGGCGCUACAGAAGUCGUACAACCAGUUGCUGCAGGCAGUGCUCACAGCCGUGCAGGCGGCAAAGGUGUUGGUUCCUCGUUGGCUUAAACAGCUCUUGACGAAGGACACGGCCAUCAAUGCUUCUGUGAAGACGCUCCUGGGCCAGGACGCGUCAGGGAUGCUGAGCACCCAUGCGAUUCACAAAAAGUUGGUUUCCGACGCUGUGUAUGCCGGCAAGUCGACGUGGACACAGGAGGCGAACUCGUUCAUCUCGGCAGGCGUCUUGGACCUUGUGCAGGCGCUGACGGCGUCCCAUGACGUGCUUCUGGACCUCGGCCUGGACCUGGAGGCAUUCAAGGGUCAGUGUGAACUUCUGAAACAGGCGCUGCUGCAGACGCUCUGCGAUUUCUACAACGACGCGCAGAAUAUCAAGGCCUCGCUGGACAACUUCCAGGCGAUUUGCCCAGCAGCCUUCGCGUGCUUUGACAAGGUGGACUUCAAGCCAGAGUCGCUGGCCGAUUUUGUCCAGCAUGCUGAUCCCACAGGGGAGGCCGCGACUAAGAUGCAAAAAACCGUGCAGGACCUGAAUGAAGGAGCCAAAUCUUUGGCAGGGUUGGAGAAGCGGGCCAAACUCGUGCAUUCAGUUCGGAAUGGGUUGCCCGACUACAUCAUUGAGAAGAUUAUGGAGCUCAAGACGACCUUGAUGCAGCCGAAUCAGCAAAAAAGGGCCUCCCACUCCGUCUUUGCCUUGUGCUCUGCAGAGCUUCUCUUGUGCACCCUUCCUGCGUGCCCCAAUGCGGCCGUCGCCCAGAAGGCAGUGUCGAAUCUGUACAAGCUUUGCGAAGAGCAUGGCUCCAAGAAGGAGGAGCUCCCCAAGGCCAUUCGAGACGUCCUCGACGCAUCCUUGAAAGAGAAGCGCGGCGGUCAAGAGGAUUCCAAGCGAGAGUUGAUGCCACCUCCAGCUGUCCCCCCAGCAAAGAGGGCCAAAGUGGCUGCAGCUAAGCCGGGGCUCGGAGACUGA